AUGGCUUCGGGACCAUCCAGUUUGAGCGUGAGCCCCGAUCAUGCUUCCAAACACCAGCGGUUGGCUUCGGAAUUUUCCAAGGCCUGUGCUCAGGUGACGGUGCUCAAGAAAGCUGUGAUUGAUGAGCAAGCGGUCUCUUCACAACUGAGGAUCGAACUGAAUGAAAAGGAUCGCGCUCUAAGGAAAUAUCAGCUGGAAAUCGAUGGCCUUGUUUUUCAUAAUCAGCAACUCACCAAACGGGUGGAGUUACUUCAAGAGGAAAUUAUUGAGAAAGAGACGAAAAAGAAAGGUUUCAGGACCAAUAAAAGUCACGAUGGCGUGAAGGAAAUGAACCUUGUUUUGAAUGAGGAACUUGCUAGCAAAAUAGAAGAGAACGCAUUAUUACAUACCAAGUUGGCUGGAUUAGAAUCGGAACAUGAAGCCGAAUUGAAUGAAUUGCGAUCUUGUGUGGCCCAGCUUCAGUCACAGAUUGGCAGCAGAAAUCACGUGUCCGGUGUUUUAGAAGAUGCACAGAGUAAAGAGCUAACUAAAAUGAGAGAAGACAAAAUCAGAUUGGAACUGCGUCUCCACAAUCAGGGACAAGAAUUGACUGCCUCUAAACUUGAAACUCGCCGUGUGGAAUCCCUAUUGGCGAAUUUGACGGCAGAUUUUGAGACGAAGAAUGAGUUAUUGGACAGGAUUCUUGCUGAUAAGCUUCCAUUUCUGGACGUGGAAAGCAGAGAAAAGAAUUCUUUAAAUGUUCCGGCGCAUGAUCAGAAGUUGGUGCGAUGGUGCAAAAAUUUCAUGGAGGCAAUUUUGACGAACUGUCAGAAUGCGGCCUUGGCACUGUCUGAGUUCUACACCCAGUUCGAGCGAAGAUCGCAGUGUUCUGCGUCGCUGGGAUCGGCCGAGUUUUCAAUGCUGCUGAAUCAGUGCGCCCUGAAAGCAAAACGUCUGCACGGCGAUUGUCAAACGUGGAGCGACGACUGCAAAAAAAGUAGUGGUUUCACAUUGUGGCUCCUUCCUUCCGCUGUUUCGAGUCUGUCCACGUUGAAAGAUCUGGACCAUCGACAAGCUUUGUUACUUCCAGUCCUUUGUCGAUUCAUGGAUUCCCGAGACACCGUUUUUCACGAUGGGAAAACCGCAAAUUGCAUGUUUUUGUCUUCCUUCAAGAAACUAUGCUCCGCGUUGUCCAAGACUUUUUCUCAGGAAACGAAGAUUGGUGAUAAUGGUUACCUUAACUUGGAAACAUUGGAACGUUUUCAUCUGAAUGCGAUUGAUCUGUCGACGGCUGCUAAAGAUAUGAGCCGGUGUUUCGACGAAAUGGUCUCGGCUGAAUCAGGGAACAGUGAAGACCUGGAUGCGACGAAUGAAAUGGUUCUGAAAGCUCUCGUUUCGCUCAUGACACAUAUUCACAAGCUUUCGAUUAGUCUGCAAGAUACGCUUAGCGUUGUGCGAUCAGAUAAGAAAAUAUUGGAUUUCCUCUCAUUGACACCGCAUCCAGAAGUGGACCAACUGAGACAGAAGACUGUGAAAUACUUGACGUCAAUUGCGAUUGAUGUCAAGUCCGAAGGACCCGAGUGUGCUGAAGGCAAGAGAUUGCCUGCAACCGCACAGGCGGUCAAUACUGCUGUGACAGAAGAAAUCGAAAAGCUGAAAAAGCGCGUUGCGACUGUGGAGCAAAUGAAGGAGCACUGGCGCCUCGAGUGUCACUUGUUGGAGAAGAAACACAACCGAGACUUGGAAAAGUUGAAGUGUCUCCAGUCUGGUGCUGUGGCUUUGGAUUCUGCCGAAGCUGAAGCCAAGACGAAAGUUCGCCUCUUCGACGUGGAACCGGAAGUUCGGGAAAAAGAAAUCCUCGAUUAUUAUAGAAAGCGAUUGGAGCUGUUCGUCACGCAGCAUCUUACGUUGGACUCCAAAUGUUCAUCAUUUGAAUCCGAAAUGAAUUUUCUGCGGGAGCGGCUGUUGCUGUGUGAAGUAGAGCGAAAAACCUUGGAGGAAAAGGUUGAGGAGGAUCGAGAGCAUAAAGCUCAGUUGCGGGAAGAACUCGAUACGACUUCGAAAAACUACGAGGACCAGCUUAGCCUCAUGUCGGAGCAUUUGGCGCAGCUCAACGACCGUUUGACUCGUCAAACCGAUGAGAUAGAAGAAUUGAGAGCUGAAAUGUCAUCCUCGAAAAUAUUGCGAGUCAUUUUCAGUGUUAUUUUGUGCAUUCCCUCGUCGUUGGCAAUGCGAGCAAUUGAGCCAAUUCUACCGGCGCCAUACGUGCGUGAGCGACGAUGGAAAUGA